UCUAAUUAUAAUAGAUUUGCUAAUUAACAUUUUUAAUUAUUUAAUAAAAUGAUUUAUCCACCAUCAUUUAAAUAUGAAAUUGUCAAAGAUGACAAUGUAAAUAUAAUUUUGAGAUGUGAUGUGAAAUCUAUGGAAGACAUCAGUGUGUGGGUUGCUGAGUUUGGUAAAGUAAAUUAUUUAAAUUGGAACGUUCGAACUAGUGUUCCAAAUGGGCAGCGAAUUGUGUAUUCAAAAAAGUUUGUUUGUCAACAUAGUGGAUUUCAGAAGCCUAGUAUAUCUGAAAAUCAAAAAGGCCUUUCGAAAAAUGCUGAAUGUCCAGCUAAUGUUAAGGCUGUUAUUAAACUGGACACAGUAUCUACAAGGAAGAAAGAUCCAUUUAUUAAGUUAUUUAUAAAUUCAAUUAAACUCAUAAUUAAUUUUUUUGUCUUUUUGUUUAGCUUGUGAAUUUGUCCAGAUCAUCUAUGGUAAUAUAUUAUUCUGAUACUAUUUUAAUUUUAAUUUUUGUAAUUAGUUUUUUUUUUGCAGACUCCAAAUAUGUGUUAAAUUUGUGAAAUAAAAAUGAAUUCUACAUUUUUACAGAUUGAUUGACAAGUCAUAGUAAAAUAAGGCCAUAAUAUUUCUAAGAUUUUAAAAUGUAAACAAUUUAUGUUAUG